AUGGCGAACGUAAUCACAAACAAGGAUUUCAUAGUUGCAACCAAAUAUAAGCUCAUUCGGAAGAUCGGGUCAGGCUCUUUUGGCGAUAUCUAUGUAUCGAUCAAUGUCACGAAUGGAGAGGAGGUAGCCAUCAAACUUGAGAGCAACAGGGCUCGUCAUCCGCAGCUCCUCUAUGAGUCAAAAGUAUAUCGCAUUCUUCAAGGUGGUGUUGGAAUACCUCACAUUCGUUGGUAUGGCACAGAACGAGAGUACAAUGUGUUGGUUAUGGAUUUAUUGGGGCCUUCGCUUGAGGACCUCUUCAAUUUUUGUUCACGAAGAUUCACUAUGAAGAGUGUCGAAGUGCGACAAAUGCCAACGUUCUGCUAG